CUAUUUUGAUCUGUGAAAUACUGACCAAAAAAAAAAGACUUUUGUUGAGCUCAAAUUUUCCAGGACUCCGAAGAAUUUUCCCGAGCAGUUGGAAAAAAUGCACGAUUUCUGCUUCACGAUCCCGUACGGGCUGGUUCUGAUUGUAGGAGGAGUUGUUGGGUAUAUGAAGAAAGGGAGCACAGCUUCUUUGGGUGGAGGUGUGGGCAUUGGAUUGGUGCUCAUUCUUGCUGGGUAUCUCAGCCUUGACGCUUUCAAGAAGAGGAAGAACUCGUACCUCGCUUUCGUCAUUGAGACUGGUUGUGCAGCUGCACUCACAUGGGUCAUGGCACAGCGCUAUAUGCAAACCUCUAAGAUCAUGCCAGCUGGUGUUGUUGCUGGUAUCAGUGCUAUCAUGACUGCAUUUUAUCUGUACAAAAUUGCAACUGGUGGCAACCAUAUCCCAGCCAAGGCCGAUUAAUGGUGUAGAGGAUUUCUUUCUAAUAUUUCACUUUUCAGAGCUGUAUGGAUCACACAUAUCUAUAUGCUUCUACGGGUUGUUCAUAGAUUUUUAUCUAUGCUGUAUUGCUAGCUACUGGUUGUGUAUGAAACAAAAGAUGGAUUUGGUCCUAGAAAUUGAAUGAGACCUGCUUUCAGGCCAAGCUUGUGCU